AUGGACGAGUCGACACGAAGACAGUACCUCGCUGACGACCCACCAACCGUGGUUAAGCUUGCCAUCAAGCCUCACUUCGAUGCGUUAAACGACCAAGAGAAGAAGUACGCUCACUACACUUCUCGAGCAGCUUUUUCUGGGACGAGGAUCAAUCUUCGGCAGGUUUCACCCGAGUCGGAACCGAUCUACGAUUUCAUACUCGAGCUAUAUAAGCAUUGCAAUGCAGGCGACUGGAAGAAACUUGCAUCCGAGGCUGGCCUCUCUGAUGACGAUCUCAAACACUUCAUGAGUUACUCGGCGCAGUUUCUGGGCAACACAGGCAACUACAAGUCCUUCGGGGACAGCAAGUUCAUCCCAAAGUUGUCUUCGGAGAAGUUUGCGGCCAUUGCUAAGCUCUCUCCGAAAUCGUCGAAACUAUAUGACACGUUCAAGGAUGAUCUGUACGAGUCGAAGGCGCCUGCCCAGAUGCACCUCGGAUACCCAGACAAAGGUCACGUAUCAACAUAUUACCCUGAUUCGCCGAAUAUCACGCAUGACGAGAUUGAGAAAGUGUCCUCUUUCUUGAAGAAUGAAGGCCUAAUGCCAGAAAAUACCCGCUUGCGGAAGACGCACGCCGGAGACUUUGAAUUGCUAAUUGCCUCGGCGGUCGAUGAUCCUGAAGCUCGCGAUGUCAAGAAUUCAGAGUGGACUUUGGAUGGCGCUCUAAAGGGCAAGAAGCUACGUCUGGUCUACGGAGACUACUCUACUGAGAUGGCUAAAAUUGCUCAGAACCUGAUGGAAGCGAAGAAGCAUGCUUUGAACGAUGAAGAAAGCAAGAUGCAGGCUGAGUAUGUGAAGUCGUUUCAUGAUGGCUCAAUGCUCGCGCAUAUGGAGUCACAACGGCACUGGAUCCGUGACAAAGGCCCUAUGGUCGAGUGCAACAUCGGCUUCAUCGAGACGUACCGUGAUCCGCACGGCAUCCGGGGCGAGUGGGAGGGCUUUGCAGCGAUGGUCAACAAAGAGCGCACGCGAGCUUUCGGCAAGCUUGUAGAGUCUGCGCCCAGUCAGAUUCCGAAGCUGCCAUGGCCGAAGGAGUUCGAGAAAGACAACUUCCUCGCUCCGGACUUUACCAGCCUCGAGGUAUUGACCUUCGCGGGCUCCGGUAUCCCGGCUGGCAUCAACAUCCCGAACUACGACUCGAUCAGACAGAAUGAGGGCUUCAAAAACGUGUCGCUUGGUAACGUACUGAGUGCGGAGUCGGCCAAGGAGCCAACCACGUUCCUUAGAGACGAAGAUCAGGACGUGUUUGACAAGCGCAAAGAUCCUGCGUUCGAGGUACAGGUCGGCUUGCAUGAGCUGCUUGGUCAUGGUUGCGGGAAGCUGUUGCAAGAGACAGAACCAGGCAAGUAUAACUUCGACAAGCAAAAUCUGCCGAUGAGCCCGGUCACUGGCAAGCCCGUUUCGACAUGGUACAAGCCAGGUGAGACUUGGGGUAGUGUCUUUGGCGGCAUGGGCCCGUCGUACGAGGAGUGCCGCGCCGAGAGCGUUGCGAUGUCUUUGUGCCCGGACUAUGGCAUCCUCCAGAUCUUUGGAUUCGGUGACGGCAAGGAGGAUAUCAAUAGCGAAGCCGGUGAGGUCCUGUACGUAUGCUACCUCCAAAUGGCAAGAGCUGGGUUGUGCGCGCUGCAGUACUACGAUGUGGCCUCGCGCAAAUGGGGUCAGCCUCACAUGCAAGCUCGAUUCGCCAUCUUGCAAGUCUUUCUCGAAGCUGGAGACGACUUUUGCCGCCUCGACCAUGGCAAGGAGGAUCUAUCCGACAUCAAGGUGUAUCUCGCCAAGAACAAGAUUCAAUCACACGGACGACCAGCGAUCAACAAGUUCUUGCAAAAGCUGCAAACCUUCAAAGCCACGGCGGACUUCGAGGCCGGCAAGAAGCUCUACGAACAUUACACGAAUGUCAAUGAUUGGUACGCGAACAAGGUGCGACCGGAGGUGCUACGCCAGGCCAAGCCAAGAAAAGUCUUUGUGCAGGCCAACACCGUCCUCGAGGGCGACAAGGUCGUGCUGAAAGAAUACGAGCCAACUCCGGAGGGCAUGAUCCAGAGUUUCGUCGACCGAGACUAUAUCUAG